AUGUUCGGACUCGGGAAGUUGUUGUACGUGAUUAUAUUGACAGUCAACGGUAUAGCAGUUCUUAGUGAGGAUAGAUUUUUGAACAGAAUAGGAUGGGGAUCUAGCACGUCCAACAAUCCAUCUCAGCCAUACCUGCAAUUCUCUACGUCGAUGCAAAGUGAAGGAACGUCGGUUAAAACAAGGAUGAUCAAUCUUAUAAGUGCAGUGAGGACUCUUAUGAGAUUGCCAUUGAUUUUCAUCAAUGUGGUAGUGAUCUUCUACGAGUUAGUAUUGGGUUAA